AUGACCGACCCCGAGAUGGAUGAAUUCGCGCAGACCCGCGGCGACGACGACCUCUUCGACGACGAGAUCAUCCCGGUCUCCGCACCGGAACAGCAGACUCCAACGGAAGUGGUUGCCCCAGAACCAGAACCACUGCCCGCACCAGUACCUGAACCAAAAGAGGCGCCUGAGAAACCAGCUGUUGAGAAGUCAAUUCCACGUGGGGAGACUCCGCAGCGGGGCCGUGGCGGAGAAAGAGGUCGGGGACGACGGAAUCGGGGCAAAGGAGGGCGUGGUGGCAAGGACUCUGAUUCAAAGAGGUCAGAAGGCUCUCAACGGCGGAAGGCUCCUGCACCUGCUGCCGAGGCCGAAUCCCAUGGUGAUGCGGGUGCCUCGACGUCUGAAAAGGCCGCAGAGGGCUCCAAAGACCAGGCUGGCGAGAUUAAGGAGGCUGAUACUGAAGCAAAUGGCGCUGAGGCUCAGCGAGUACCGGCUGUCCGUGGCGAUCGAAGUGCUACCGGUGGUUUGAGGAAGCCGAAACUCACCGAAGAGGAGCUAUCCAAACGUAUUGCUGCCGCUAAAGAGAACGCUGUCAAGAAAGCCGCGGCACAUGCUCGCGCGGAGGCUGAUCAAGCGUCAUUUGUGGAGCGCGAGCAGGUGGCAGCAAAGAAACGCCGCGAGGAACUCGCACAUCGCCGCGUCAUGGACAAUGAACGUGAACAAAACAGGCAACGCAAACUCAAGGCUCAAACCGGGCGCGAGUGGGAUUCGCAGAAACGUGAGGAGGAUUAUAAUCCCCGUGGAGGCGGUAGCCAAUUCCGCCGAGGGAUGCACGGAGCAGUUGCUGGCUAUGUUCGACGAGACUUUGACGAUGGCCGCUCAGAAGAUACUGCUGAUCACGCUGAUAGCCAAAGGGGCCGAGGCCGAGGCGGACGAGGCGGUCGUGGCCGCGGAUCUCCGCGCGAACCCCGAAGCGAGCGACCUGGAAAGGGCCUGUCAGAUAGUAGAUAUGCCACACCAAGCCCUGCCGCGCCAGCGCUGGAUAAGAGUGACUUCCCUGCUCUGCCUGAAGGAACCAAGAAGCCAGAGGCGAAAUCAGAGACCGAGAAGAUUGAGACGAAUGUAGCGCCCGCUACUGCACCUGCACCUUCGAAGUCACCAGCUACACUGGAAAAGCUUGAUUCUACGUUUUCGCCGAUUACUGGAACUUGGGCUGACCAGUUCGAGGAUGAUGAGUGA